GACGACGAGUCGGAGAGAUCGCCGUCGAGAUCGCUGCCAGCCGCCGCCGCACGCGCCUACACGCGCCACCGGAGGAUUGCUGCUGAGACUCACACGUGCGCAUGAGAGCGCGUGGAAGCUCCGAUUCCCGACCGGUCAACACCACAGAUAUCGCAUAAUCUGCGCUCAGCUUCAGCUAACCGGUGAUGCCCGGCUCUGGUGGAAUGCCUACUGGAGCAUGCGUCCCGGCGAGAAGGCGGGAUGUACAUGGGAUAUGCUCAAUGAGCUGAUCCGCGAGAAGUACUACCCCACCUACUACAGAGCAGAGAUGGAGCGUCAGUUACUGUCGCUCAAACAGGGUACUCGGACUGUAGACGAGUACGAAAGAGAGUUUACCAGACUUGCAGCUUUUGUUCCUGACUUGGUUCGCACGGAGGCCCAGAGAGCACAGCGCUUCAUUGACGGACUUUACCCAGCAGUCCGUCAUAACAUUGUAGGUCACGGGACCCAGACGUACGCUCGUGCAGUUUCCAUUGCCCAGGAGGUGGACGCCAGCAUUAGGAGGGAGGCUACCCAUGAUCGUCCUCAGUCAUUCGCCACAGCCCAGUCAUCUACAUCUCCACCAGCUCUACCAGCUGCCCAGCCGAUGAAGGAGAAGAAGAGGAAGGGGAAGGGCGCACAGACCGACUGGAGGACCAGACAGAGGCAGCAGCAGGUUCCACAGUGCCCCACAUGCGGACGUUUUCACCGAGGCGAGUGUCGCUUCGGCCAGGAUAUAUGCUAUUACUGUCACGAGCCCGGACACUUUGCGAACCGUUGUCCGAAGAAGGCACCGCAGCCCCAGCAGCCUCAGCAGCCACAGCAGCAGCCCC